UUGCAGGUAAUGAGAGGUCGAAAAAAACAGAUUACUCCAGCUGUCAACAGCAAUGUGGAACCUUCGCCAAACUUUGAGUGCCACGUAAGCCGUGAACCAUCAAAGGUUGGAGGAAAACUCAAUCGGUUAAUAAGCUACAACCAGAUUUUUGUUUAUGAGUAUGAUGAGGAAUGUUUACCAAGCAAACACCCAAGGCAUUGCCAUCCAUAUGCAGUUGUUACUUGUGCGAGUAGGACCCAAAUAUCUUCAGUAAAGCCAGAUAUUUCAAAGGCUGCACUCAUGACCAAAUCAAGGAAAAAAGCCACUGAAUCAGUCGAGACACUUAAAGAGAACAGGAAGACAAUAAUUGACUCCUCAGAAUUUAUUGUUCUUGAUGAAUAUGUUUCUGAAACAUCUGCAAAUGAGGCAUCAUCUGAUGAUGAACAAUUGCAACCCACAAUCAUAUGCCACUCUGAACAGAAAGAAAAAGCUAUCAGGUUGAAAGAAAAAAUAACAAAACUGACAAAUACAGUAAAAAGUUUAAGGAAUAGCAAGACCAAUAGCAGGCACAACAGAAAAGAUAAUAAAGACUAUGUGCCCCAAGUUGUGAAGAAGAAGAUCUGUGUAAAGAAAGAGGCCAAUGAAGACAAUUUGAAGUUUAAAAGAAAUAAAGGUAGAGCUUAUAAAUGUAAACUGAUUAGAAAUCGAGCUCAUUGGCGGCGGAGGAGAAAAUAUAAAUUUAAAAGCAUUUCUUCUACGAAUUCAUUAAGAAAUGUUGAAGCUAAUAAGCGUGUAGGGGAUUUUGGGCUUGCUGCUGAAUAUUCAGCAGCAUGUAAAAUAAAAGAGAGCACUGAGGAUAAGGGAAGCAAAUGGCAGAGUAUGGUCUCAGAUGAAACACUUGUUGAGUGUGACGUGAAUAAUGAUGCAUUGAAAUGUUGUGCUUCUGAACACACUAUACAAAAUGUAUCACUAGAAAAAGCUGAUGAAAAAAUCACAAACAUCCUGGAUACUAGCAUUAGCAAAUCUAACCCUCAAGUUUUUGAGUAUAACCAUUCACAGAUCAAUAGUAUAGACUACAAACAUGGUAGAAUUGGGUUUUCAUCAAUUUAUAAUUGCAACGAACCUUGUGUCAACUCCUGGAAUUUGCCUCUUGAAACUGAUGCCAUGCAUACCAAGAUUUCAUACCCUGUGGAUAGUAGCACCCAGCCUUUGUCUUCUACAUGUUCAAACUCUUUUUACCCAACAGAUUCAAAUCUUGAACUUAUGGAUAUGGAUAUCAGUAGCCCGGAGCCAAAAGUUUUUCCACAUAAUAAUGUUGACACAUUGUGCAUUUCAGAGGAUGAACUAAGUUUUUCUGACACCGCUAAAUGGCAUGAAAUAUGUGAUAAGCUAAAAAACCCCAUUAGUGUCUACCAAGAUAAAAAUGGGAGGCUACAUGUGCAAUACUCACCUAAGGAAGAGCAAGUGCAACAAUCAUCUACAUCAUCAAAAUUCAUAAGUGGAGAACAAGAGAAUACAUCUGAUAAAUCUGAAGUAGAAAUUAGUUCCUUCAUUGAAAAAGGAAACAAUUUACAAUCACAGAAAUGUUUUAGCAAAGAUUUGAAGAGAAAAAGGAAACAUUCAAAAGAGUUUCAUGGAAACAAGCUAUUGAUAGAACACUCAAACCCUCGUAAGAUUCUUAUUGAGACACCAGAUGGCUGUGAGAAGCCAAGGGAUCCUCGUAAAAUGCCUAAAGAUCCUCGUAAAAGAACUUCUGCUAAAAAGGAAAGUAUAUUUUCUGUUUUAAACUGGUCUGAGAAAUACUCUUCACCAGCAUCAAUGCAAACUUCAAAGAUAGACCAAUCUAAACUUUCUGCUUAUAAUGAGAAUGAUACUGUUUCAAAUACGAAGGAAAGUCCAACAUUAACUGAACAAUGCCUCACAGUGCAGGGUAAUAGUUUAUUGAAGAAAAAACAUAAUUUUGUGCCAAAAUAUAAACCACCAACAUUUUUAAGUGAAAUGAAGUUUGAAAGUGAACUAAAUAAACAGUUUCCAAAGAAGGUUCUAAAACAACCACAAAAUCAAAGUAUUAUUGGACUACCAAGGAAAACAAUAGAAGAUCGUUUGUCACUGGAUGAAAAAAACCCCAAAAAGAAAGAUGACAAUCAGUUAAAAAUGUCUAUGAAUUUUUCAAGAGGCAAGUUAACCCAUUCCUCUAAUCCAGUGACAAUCGAAGGACUAGACAAGCCAGUUGCAGAUAAAGUUUCUCCAAAACAUUUUGAAAACAAAGCUUGCCAUAUUCCACAAGAAUCUAAGAUUAGUGAAUUAUCAGAGAAAAAGGAAACAAGUCUUCUGCCAAUUAGUAAUAAUGAAAAGAACAAAAAACAUUUGCUAAAGGGGUCUAUUUUGCUGCCACUAAACAAGGAUGGUAUUUCCUCUUGUAGAAAAAAUAGUGAUGUUCCACAUACACAAACAUCAAAGGUUACUUCAUUAAAGCAAGUAACCACAAAAUCGUCUAAAGACACAGAACAAGUGCCCAUCAAGAAGGUCAGUGAAAUAGCAAAGGGAACUAAAAAGAACUUGCAGCUUAAUAUAAAAAAGACCAAAGAGACAAAUAGUAAUAUGCAGGUAAAGAAGUCGCUUGUGUCACCAGAAAAGAUAGAGUUUUCCCACAGUUCUACAAAUGUAGACUGUCAGCAACUACUGACGAACUCAACAUCAAGUGAUCCCUUGAAACCCCUUGUGAAAACUCCCCAAAAAUCAUAUACAGGAAACAAAAAAGUACAUGAAGUAUCCAAGAUAACUGAAAAUGAACUUAGUACAAAUGGCCUUAAAGAAAAUGAUCAUCAUCUGUCCAGGAAAAGUCCUCUUCAAAGUGUGCUAUCAGACAAGGCAACCACAUCUUUGGAUACACUUAAAGAAUAUCUGCAUGAACCAAAAUCCAAGAUCUCAAGUGAUUCCUCAAACUGUACUUCGUGGACCUCAUUUGAAAAACCAUCAAAGGUAAAUCAAGCAUUUGUUCUUGUCCGUUUUACCAGGAAAUGGAUGACAAAGUGUGGCUGGGGAACUAAGAAGAUGAAACUUGAUUCUGAAAACUAUCAUUUACGUGUGAAUUGGAUCAGAGUACUUCGGUGGAUUGAACUGAUGGCUGUACGUUAUAGAGAAAAUGGAAUGUAUUGCUUUAAUCUUGGCAUUGUAGAUGUCCGAGUACUUCGCCACUAUUUGCAGAUGCAGGACCAGUCCUGUAAAGAUGCAGAGUUCGCCAUUCAUGAUUUUGAUGGAGAUGAAUUGGAAAACUUGAUGACUAAUUUAUUGCUGGUUUAUAAGGCUGAAGAUAUGCCAAAAGAUUUGAUUGAAAUGGUUUGCCAGCUACAAUUGGACAACAGAAAGAUUAAGGUUGAAGGGUCAGGAGAGAAAUUUACAGCUGUCAAUAGGAAAUUGAAAAAGAUUAGCCAAAAGAAGUCACAAAACCAGCAUAAGGAAGAUAAUUCAGCAAGUAGUAAGGAUUCAGGAGAGGGCUCAUCCUGUUAUAACUCUGGUGAAGAUAAUCAUCAAAGAGAUAGUCUAAAACGUUCAAAUGAAGUGGAUGGUAAAUGUAAAAAAGACAGAAAAACAAAGAGGAAGAAAUCAAUUUCGUCUACUCCCACAACCUGCAAUAAUGAUCAUAACGAUGCAUUCAUUUCCAAACAUCAACUUUUGGAAAUAUUGGCACAUUUAGAGAAUGGAAAGGGAAGCAGGAAAAAAAUAACUGUAAAUGUCUACAAUAUUUGCUCUGAUUGUGGUGUAAAGAAAAACCAGCAUAUUGAGAUUGAGACAGAGUCUGAUGACAGCUCUGAUACACCAGUGUCAGAUCCUGAAUCUAUAGAGAUGCACAUAGCAGAGAAAUUGUCACUUAGCAAUGAAGUAGAGAGUCAGAAAGUCAGCAAGGAAAAUCAUGAAAUAUGUAAAAAACCAGAAGUGACAGAUUUUGAUUCCAUGGAGAUAAACAUGACAGAUCAGUCAUCAGAUAGCAAUAACAUAGAGGAAAAAGAAGUCAACAAAAAUGGAAUGCAUGAAAUGAAAUCACCAGAAAGAGAUCUUGAAUUUAUGCAGACUAACAAGACAGAAAAAUUGUCAUAUGAGGUAGAGAAUCCAGAAUUUAAGAAGAAAAUUCAAAAAAUGUGUAUAAAAACACCAUUUGCAGAUCUGGAGUCCAUGGAGUUGAACAUUGCAGAGCAAUCAUUACAUAAUAAUGAGGUAGAAGAUCAAGAAGUAAAUAUGGAAAUUCUUGAAAUGUAUAGAGAACCACCAAAUGCAAGUCUUAACAUGGUGACGAACAUGACAGAGGAGUCAUGCAGCCAAGUCGUCACUCAAGAAAUCAAGAAGGGAAAUAAUGAAAUCACGUGUAACAAAACACAAACAAAAAAUCUUGAAUCCAUGGAGAUGAACAUGACAGAGCAAUCACCAAACAGCAAUGAAUGUGAAGGUCAAGAAGUAAAAGUGGUAAUUCUCAGAAUGAGUGAAGAACCACCAGAUGCAUCCAUGGUGAUAAACAUGACUGAGAAAUCAUCAUGUAUCGAUGAGAGUCUAGAAGCCGAAACACCACCAGUAACAAAUCUCAAAUCUAAGGAGAUGAACAUGACAGAGAAAUUGUCACAUCAAAAUAAAGAAGAGUGUAGAGAAGUUAUGAAGGGAAUUCAUGAAAUUUAUAAGGAACCACCAGCAACAGAUCUUGAUUUAAUGCAGAUAAACACGACUAAUAUAUUGUCGCAUAGCAAUGAGGUAGAAAUUAUGGACGGCGAAAAAGGAAUUCAUGAACCACCAGCAGCAGAUCUUGAACUCAUGGAUAUGAAUAUGACAGAGAAAUUGUCACAUGGCAAAAGGGUUGAGAGUAUAGUAGCCAAGAAAAGUAUUCAUGAAAAUUCAAGCGCAAAUGAAGAUGAAAAUUGUCAUCACUCAAAAUCAUUGACCUCACAAUCUGUCACAAAUGCUCAUCAAAUGCUUAUGGUUACGAAUAAAAUCAGCAGUUCUUCAACCAACAACCCAACUUUAAGUGAUCAUCAACACAUUGAAGAAAGGCAGAUUACAAAUGUAUCUGAAAAUCUAAUGGAAGAAGAUUGCAUGCAAAAGUCAGCUUUUAAACCUUCACAGGAGCCUGAAUCAUCAGUGACAACCAAAGAUCCAAAUAGUGAUUCAAGUUGCAGACCCUACUACAGAUCAGAAGCCACUGUUCGUGCCACAGAACAAAUUGAAAAUCAACCUGAACAUGAAAAGACAAAUAAACAUUCCUGGGACACUAAUACAAUAUCAAAAGCAGAUGUUAGAAGUAACAAGGAUUCAUGUACCAGACACAUAACAUCUUUGAAUAUUGAACAGUCUGAGAUCAGACAUAAUGUUAAUCUGCAACAUCAUGAUAAACGACCAUGCCCUUGGAAAAGAUUACCUGAAGACUUACCAGCAUUAAAUUCUCGGAGUGAAAAUAAUUUUCAUAAAAAACAGUCAAAUAUUGAGACAAUAGCUCAUGCUAGAAGGCCACACACCUGUUCAAAAGACAUGCAAAGACCCUUAGAAGCUAAUUUACAAGGUAAUAAAACUGAUUUAAGAUAUCGCCUACAGAAGAGCCAAAAGCGCAGAUGUUUUGAUGUAACUUUAAAAUCUCCUGUUAAGAAGCAUAAGCACUAUAGAAAUCCUGAAAGAAGACCAGAAGUUAAUGUCAAAAUGAAAAGCUCCAUUCAAGUGGUAGAUACUUCCCAUAGGAGAAUGAAAGAUUCUGAAUAUAGAAAUGGGUUACACACUAAAAGACCUGUUGCCGAGCUUUGUGACCCACGAAUGGACAAACCAGUAAACUAUAGAGAUUCCUCAGGAGGUAGUCGUAAAGACUAUAAUCACAAGAGGGCAUCCUUUGAAAGCAGCACUGCUGCAAGGCCAUAUGGAGAUUAUCGGUAUGAAGAUCAUAAUCCAGAUGCAGAUUGGUACCAGCUUAGUUCCAGAAAUGCGAUGUGGGAUGACAGAGAUUAUCCAAAUCAUGAUUAUGCAAGUUUCAUUGCUGAAUGCAAAUCACAAGAUCUACAACAUAUUCAAAGUAGAGGCAAUCAAGGAAAACAUCAGGAGCUCUACAACUUGUAUCCAGACAGUACACUCUGAGCACUAUAAUCUGUACUUUCCUUUAAUUGGGUUUCAUCCAGUCAAAUCAUCUGUACUGUACUCUUUUUUCAUGUGUCAUUACUAAUUUGCAUAUAAUUACAAUUACUAAUAUUAAAAAGCUAAGACAUUUAUGCUUAUAACACUAAUUUAUUAUUGUGUCCACUAAUUAGUAUUGUUUGUUAUAUAACCACAAUUAAUGUCAUUUGAUUUUUUAAAAUUAAGCUGUUUUCGGUUUUUUUAACUUGCAAAUUUGUUUCAUUGGUUAUAAUGUUAUAUGUUGAAUUAAUAAGCAGAUAAGCUAUCUAUAAUCAGAAAAAUAACAAUAAUGAAUUGUUAAUUUGUUGUGUGAAAAUGUUUUAUUUAUCUAUACUAUUAAGUGAUGUAAUUAUUCCAUAAUACUAAUAGUGUAUUAUUCUGCUCCUAAUUUAAUACAGGGUGUUCUUUGACCUAGAAUCUAAAUAUCUAUUUAGUACCAAAUCGGCCACACAAUAUCAAACUUUUUUUAUGCUGUUACCUUGAGUUAUGAUCUGUAAACUAUCCAUGCAUUAAAUUAGUACAGCUGAACUAGCAUAUAGCCAAGUACUCACUGUGGCCGACGCAACGCCGUGACCCGUUUUUUUGUAAUGACGAUUAAGUUCAGAUUGCCACCGGCAAUCAACAGGCAGCAACGCGUCAUCUAACGCUUGCGUAAAGUGGAGUUGGAUUCAUCGGCUGACGGUCGUACAACACAGCGAGUGCCCGGUUAAGUCGACUUUGCCUAACUUAGAUUUGACGUGCUAAAUGGUUAUGUUUCCCAUUAACGAACUGUAAGUCGAAUUUUAUCGAAGUCAAACAAUUUUUUUGGAUUCGACUUGUAGGCAAGUUCAACUGUAUUGUUAGAAUAAUGGAGAAAUGUAAAAUGUUGUUUGUAUUUUGUUUCAAAUUAUAAAUAGAAGUAAUAAAAUGAGUACAUAAACAUAUUCGAACAUAACAGUAUUUGAGAUUUGUGUAAAGAAACCUUGAGGAAAAAUGACAGGUGUCUAAAAAUAGUCUACAAAAGAACAUAAAAUAAAUAUAAAAAGGUGCUUAUUAAAUUGGUAACUGUAGAAAUAUAUUAUCUAGACAUUGAAUAUACUGUUUACAUUACUACAGGGUAUCCUGUACAGUAGGCUCAUUUUGUUUUGUAGCUAAGUUCAAGUUGAUCAUAAAAAAUCAAUUAAAAAAAUUAAGAUACCUAUUUUUUAUAUUACGUUUUGCAUCUUUCUGUUUCCAAUAUGUAUACAAUAAAGAUAUGUUUUAGAAUAAAUGUAUUUUAAUUAUGUUAGAGUGUGCAUAUUUAGGAGCUUUAUAUUAAAUCUGGAAUUUUCAUACUUGUACAAUGAGGUUCAAAUAAAAAUUGUAUUGUAUGUGCAAAUGAAUUUAUUCUAUCAAGAUUUCCAGUUUCAUGUAUUCCUUCAGGCCCGUAUGCAGGAUUUUUAUUGGGUGGGUGCUCUGGGGAGUGGGGGAAUUUGUAGAGAAGCCCGGGAAAUACCACCUGAGCCCCACCAUGUUUAGGGCUAAGGGAAUAAAAUUUAUGAUUAUGGCACCUCCAAAUGGCCGGAAACUGCACUCAUACAAUUUAAAAUAUCAUUUCUA